AUCCCCGGCCCUCGGAGCGGGACUCCCCGGGCUCCCGCCGUCCCCGGUCUCCGGCCCCGCGUUCACCCUGAGGGACGGAAAGCAGCCAGAGGUCCAGGGGUUCACACAGAGCCUCCCAGGGUAGCCUGGAAUAUGCUCUCCCACAGCCAGUUGGGCCUUCCAGCCUGGACCACUUGUGCAUGGCCUCCUUGCAUGCUCCUUGAGCAUCCCCCCACCCUGGGGUGCUCCUUGCACAUCCCUCGGUGUGGGAUGCUUCAUCCCUCCGUUGCUCAGCUGGAAUAAAGUCAGGUGAUCGUUUGAUCUGUAAGAAAAUCCUCUGCCUAUUUUUAACUGAUUUCUUCCUCCUCAAUAGUUGAGAGAGGAGUUGUUUCUCCCCUAUGUCAUGUUUCUUCAAGUGGUGUUGCCCUUCCCCCCAGUCCGGGUGCCUGUCAGCCUCCAGGCCCAUGUUCGCACAGCCCCAGGUGCCCCUUGCCCUCUGCCCUGUCCUACCGUGCCCACGGGUGAAGCUCCCAUUGCUCGUUCCCAUCCUGUGCUCUCCUAACCUUCGAGGUGAAGCUGCUGCCUGCAGGGGUGUGGGAACAGCUCUCCUGGAAGCACGAGGCCUCUGUCAUACAUCCAGAAUCUGGUGCAGUUUUGGCAGUGCCAAUGCCUACAGGUUGGGUGGUUGGAGAAGAGAGCUGCUGCUCUCCUGGCACUUGUUGCAGGAGCACUUGCAGACCCCACCAGCAGCUCCAGUCUCUGCUGUCUCCUCUGCAGCAGCUCCAGAUCUGAGGUGGCCCUGGUUCUCCAAAGCAUUGGCUCCCCCAUCAAGCCAUGUCUCCUUCAUGGCCCCACGGAAGCCAAGUGGGAUUUGGUGGCUUCUCUUUCAAAGCAUGCACAUUGGUGGUGGGAUGGGCAGCUGUGCAUUGGCUGUGCAAGCUGCUUCUGGCUCCAACUGCUCCCAAGUGGCCCCUUGAGCUGCUCCCAUCCCAUCCCCACACCACAGCUCUGCUGUCCCUAUGCAACACCAGUGGUCAUAGAGACUAAAAACAGAGUCUGUGGCAGAGAAUGAAGGUACUUCGCGGUGGCAGGGCUGUGGUCUGCCCUCUUCCACAGAUGCUUCCUAGGUAUUCAUGUCCCCUCGUGCAUGGCUGGCCUGUCACCAGAGCAGAGAGAUGGUGUCCUGGAGGGACUGGGCAGAGGAGGCCAGGUCACUCCUUUCUGUUUCCCUGCAGGUUGGGCUGGGGCCUCACUCAGGUGUGCCAGGGGCUAUAUGGGACAUCCCGCCAAAUGGCAGCCCCUGCCAGGCCAGUUGUAGCCCUCACUGAGGCCACCAGCCAGUCCCGCCACUCAGUCCAGCUCACUUAGACCAGACAAGCCCAUGAGAGUCUCAGUGUGUGCUCAGAGGCCCAGGCUAGAAAAGCUGAGACUUUCCCAGACCCACUCAUAAACUACCACAGCAGAAAUGAGAUUAAAUUCAUCCUGAGGGGAUUCCCUGGCUGUGGGAGUUUACUCCUAGUUGCAGCAUCAUUGAAAUUAAAACUCCUUCCCUCCCUGGCCUCAGGAGAGCUGCAGCCAGGUCCUGUUAAUGUCAUGACAAGGACUGGGCUGGCAGUGCCCAGGGUGAUGCCACCUGCCAGAGCAGACAGAUGGGCAGUUGAUGGGGAAUGUGGGCUUUCCUGCUCACUCCCCUCUCCUUUUCCAAACCCAGGAAACUUCUGUGUGGAGGGAAAAGCUUCUCAUCUUGUAUUUUCCACUUGGUGUCCCUCUUUUUCCACUAUGGAAAAAUUCUUCCUGCAGCUCUGGAUGAUGCCCUUAGCUACUUGAUCCCCUUCAGAGCCUAUGAGGGAUGGGCACGACCUCACAGCUGCCGCAGCAGCUCCAUGUGCCUGGCAGCAACCGAGACGGACAGGGCAUCCUUAGCAGGUGUCCUCCCAGCACAAGGGCAGCAGCUGACACUCACAGACAUUCAAGGCAUCUUUCAGAGCAAAAAAGAGACUUUUUCAUCCUGCUGAGGUCCACUGCUUUGCCAUCUUGGAGCCGGGUGUCCAGUGUGUGGCUUCAUUUCACAGUGGGCCUCAUCUGCCAGAGGAAGCAAGGAAUUAAAGCAGAGUCCUUCCUGCAGCGGAGUGAGUGGAUGUUCCGAGGCUUCCGGUUUGCAGACCCAGAGUCCUUCCUGAAGUCUGCACGGCUCCAGCGCCUGCCCUCGUCCUCCUCAGAGAUGGGAAGCCAGGACGUGUCCCCUCUGCAGGAGACCACCAAGGACCCCUUCUCAGGAGACUGCAGCUGCCGGCAGGAUGGGCUGACCGUCAUCAUCACUGCCUGCCUGACCUUUGCCACAGGUGUCACUGUGGCCCUCAUCAUGCAGAUCUAUUUUGGGGACCCUCAGCUGUUCCAGCGUGGUGCUGUGGUGACGGACGCCGCGCGCUGCACCGCACUGGGCACCCAUGUACUGGCCAGGCACGGCUCCUCAGUGGACGCAGCCAUCACCUCGGCCCUCUGCGCUGGCAUUGUCAACCCCCACACCUCUGGGCUGGGAGGGGGCGGCGUGAUGUUGGUCCACGACAUCCGCAAGAACAGAAGCUGGGUGAUCGACUUCCGUGAGGUGGCUCCCGUGGGCAUCCCACUGGAAGGAGACCUGCAGCAGGGCACUAAGCCAGGUCUGCUCGUGGGGGUCCCAGGCAUGAUCCAAGGAAUGCACCAGGCACACCAGUUACAUGGCAGACUCCCGUGGUCCGAGCUGCUGGGCCUCACGGCCGGUGUUGCCCAGAACGGCUUUAAUGUCACGCAUGACCUGGCCAAAGCCCUGAGUGAACUGAAGGACCUGAAUUUCUCUGACCGAUUCCAUGAGAUCUUCCUGCCAGGUGGGCAGCCCCUGCUGCCUGGAAUGUUCAUCCGGCGCCUGGACCUCGCAGCUGUGCUGCAGCUGCUGGGGGCAGAAGGGGUGUCAGCCUUCUACAGCGGAAACUUGACCCAGGAGAUGAUCUCCGAGGUCCACAACUAUGGAGGAGUUUUGGUGGAGGAAGAUUUCAGCAAUUACAGUGCCACUGUGGAGGAGCCUGUGCACACAAUCUAUCGAGGGCACCUUGUUUUCACACCCCCACCUCCACAUGCAGGUCCUGCACUGAUCACAGCACUGAACAUCCUCGAGGGCUUUAACAUCACAAGGCAAGGAUCCAGAGGGAAUAUCUUACACUGGAUGGCAGAGACACUAAAAAUAGCCCUGAGUCUGGCGAGCAACCUGGGAGACCCAUCUGGUGACGUGUCUGUCACUCACACGGCAGAAGGCAUGGUGAGUAAAUCAGAAGCCAGUUCCCUGCGCCAACUGAUCAAUGACUCCCAGUCCUUCCCGUCUGACCUGCGCGUGCCUCACUCGGCCCUGCAGAGCGGCACCGCUGCCAGCCAGGUCCUGGUCAUGGGCCCUGAUGACUUCAUUGUCGCCGUGGUGAGUUCUUUGAACCGUCCCUUUGGCAGUGGAAUAGUAACACCCUCUGGAAUCCUCCUGAACAGCCAGAUGUUGGACUUCUCCUGGCAAAAUAAAACAACAAACCACUCCACUCCCAGGCCGCAAAACCUCCUUCAGCCUCGGAAGCGGCCGCGGUCCUUCCUGCUGCCCACCAUCGUGAGGCCCUCUGAGGGGAUGUGUGGCACUUACCUGUGUCUGGGAGCCAACAACGGGGACAGAGCCCUGAGCAGCAUCAUCCAGGUUUUGGUAAAUGUUUUAUCGUUUAACAAGAAUCUGAGUGAAAGUUUGUCACUUGGUCGGCUUCACCCUCAGCUUCAGUCCAACACCUUGCAGGUUGACAGUGAGUUUCCUGAAGAAGAUAUUGAAUUUCUUGUGGCCAGGGGCCAUCAGGUGGAUAAAGUCCCAGUGGUAUCCCUGGUUCAUGGAGUCAGGAGAACCAACAGUUUCAUCAUUGGCCUGAAGGACCCCAGGAGUGAAGAUGCUGCUGGAGCCACAACCUUGUAGCAGCUCCCAGGGCGGUGUUCUGUGACCAAGGCUGACACAAGCAUCACACCAGUGAUGUGCAUGUUCUGAAGUGGCCCUUUCUCCAACCCUGCACACUGCUGGGAAGAGGUUCUGCACUCACCACCCUGACAGUACCAGAGGACAGCACCAACAUCCAGUUUUCUUUUUAUUUCUCAAUUAUUUGGAUUGCAAGCAGCGCCGUCCUUGUUACUGGAGUGGCAGGAGCACUUUUCUUUUGGCAGUCUUGCUAAUAGUUCAGUCUUUCCAAAGCCCAGUCUAGCCAGCAUCUUACUUUUAGGGGUCAGGAGCAUGAACAAGGGAAAAAACAGCUGCUGCUGAUGAUGAUGUUAGUAUUGAGGAUGAUUAUUCUCAUCUCCCUGUCUUUCCCAAGUUCCUUCUUCGCCUCCAGUGUAAGUCAGUAAUUAAUACAGUGGGAUGUAGUGUUUGUAGGUGCCUGCUGCUGUAAUAUUGGGGAAUCCUCUAAUACUUCAUCUGAGCCAGCUGAUUUACCAGCCUGCAGCAUCCCUGGGAAGUUCUGCACUCACAUCACUACAUACCUUGAAUUUUGGCAGUAAGUAUUUUGAAUCCAGUUGCUGCACAGGCUCACUGGCAAUCUGAUUUUGUAACCGGAGCGAUGGUUUUCAACAGCUCUACCAACUUCUUCCUCUAACAACUUGUGCAUCCCCCAGUAGUUUUCUUACAGAGGUUCAACCUUGUCACUGAUUAAUGGUGACGAGGUUUAACUUUCUUAGACACUUUUGGACAUAUCUUAGCAGUACUCCACAAAACUGUGAAAAACCACACAUCACGGACUGAAGACCACAUGGAGAGCAUUUGGGUGGGUUCAGAGCUUUUUCUCCACUGCCUUAAUCUCAGCCUGUUCCAAAAGCCUGGGUCAUUCCUACAGAGAGGCUUGGGAAUUUCUGAAUUAAUGGCUGUACCUUAGCUCUGUGUUUUACAAUCUAUUGGAAAAGCUGAAGAGAGUGAUAGAAAAAGUACAAACCAAACCAAACACAACCAAGCUAAAUUUCUGUCUACAAUAUGUAGUGAAAAUAAACGGAUGCUCUUGCAUUUCGUGUCUGAAAUUGAGAAGGGAAGAAUACCCCAGCUGACAUCUGCACCAGGUCAUUCAGCCCACAUUUGGACAUUUCCUGCUUUUUUUGUUGGCAAGUUAAAGACACUUGGCACUAAAAAAAUCCAGAGUUUGAUCAUUUUCUGCAGUCUAAAAUGUGAUGUUUUCCUUCAUGGUGCAAAUACACCCAUGGCCACUGUGCAUAUUAUAUAUGUAUGUUUGCUUAUGGUUGUCUUGCUCUUUGAUUUGAUGAUCAGACCACUCACCCUGACCUUCCUCCCCAGGCACCCAUUGAUACCUUGUUUGUGCCACCCUCUGGCACUCAAUGCCGUGGGCUGAUUUUGGGGCAGUCAGGGCCACAGGACAGAUAAUUGGACUAAUUGUUCCUGCCACCUGAGAGCUGCAGAUCUCAGAACACCCCAGUGAAGCAUGUUGGACUGAGUGAGAACAGAGGUGUUUUCAUACUCUGCUGAAGUGCAGCCACCCGUGAGAGGAGCACAGCAGCUCCCACAGGCAGAACCAUCAGCAGCAUUUCCUGUUCCAAGUGCAUCCGUGCCCUCAGCUGGGACAGGGGAAGCACAAUGUUGUAUCUACUAUGUGCUUUGUGCCACCAAGAAGAGACUUUCUUCACCACAGAGACACCAAAUCUAUUAAUUUAUUUCUCCGUCAACAGCACUAGAGUUGGUCACUCUAUAAGGAUGGAGAGCUUGUAAAUGUGUCUUGGAGCAGACCUCUCCAGGCUUCAUGGGAGGGGAAGGAGGCAGUUUUGUGUGUUGAACCUCUCUGGAGAUGAUCUGGGGGUUUCUGGUCUGUCCCAGCCCAGAUGUGUCCCUCGGGCAUGGAGGUUCUCUAUGAACAGCUGCAAAAUACGUGGUUGAGACCCUGUCAGUGCAGGGCUUUGCAUGAAAUGUCACAAAACACCUUAAAAGAUUAAAUUCCUCCUUAUUAACUGAAUUCACCAACUUUUGAUGCUGGAUACUGUGUAUAUGUUUGGGUGUAAAAGACUUUGGUCUUGAUUAAAAAGGGCACUCCUAUGUCCCAAAGUACAAUUUCACAGCAAUUAUGCAGAAUCUUAAAAUAAAGCAUGUUCCAAAGUGUU